UCAAAACUUAACUGCUGUCGAUCUGUUGCGGAAGUCCCUCUACCUGUGAUUGUGUGCAGUAAAAUGGCAGAUUCCAGUGUUCCUUUGGCUCAGAAUCAGUUAAACUGUUCAAUCUGUCUAAAUCAACUGACUGAUCCAGUGGUCAUUCCCUGUGGACACAGUUACUGUAGGAGCUGUAUUACAGGCUGCUGGGAUCAGGAUGAUCAGAAGAGAGACUACAGCUGCCCUCAGUGCAGACAGACCUUCACUCCAAGACCUGUUUUAGGUGAAAACACCAUGCUGAUUAAAGUGGAGGAUAAUCUGAGGAAGAGAAAACUAGAAGCUGCUCAACUUGAUCAUUGUGAACUUGGAGAUGUGGAGUGUGAUGUCUGUACUGGGGAGAAAAAUAAAGCCAUCAAGUCCUGUCUGGUGUGUCUGAACUCUUACUGUCAAAACCAUUUUGAACGUCAUGAAGAAUUUCACCCAGGAAAGCGGCACAAAGUGACGAAUGCCACUAGAAGACUGCAGGAGAUGAUCUGCCCUCAACAUGAUAAACUGCUGGAGAUUUUCUGUCGUACUGACCAGCACUGUAUAUGCUAUUUGUGUAUGUUGGAUGAACACAAAAACCAUGACCAUGUAUCAGCUGCAGCAGAGAGGACUGAGAAACAGACACAGUUGGAAGAGAUGCAAAGAAAAUUCCAGAAGAGAAUCCAGGAGAGAGAAACGGAGCUUGAGGAGCUGAGAGAGUCUGUAGAGUCUUACAAGCGCUCUGCACAGACAGCAGUGGAGGACACUGAGAGGAUCUUUACUGAGCUGAUCCGCUCCAUUGAGAGAAGACGCUCUGAGGUGACACAGCUGAUCAGAGAUCAGGAAAAGACUGCAGUGAGUCGAGCUGAAGAACAACUGAAGCGACUGGAGCAAGAGAUUGAAGACCUGAGGAGGAGAGAUGCUGAGGUGGACAAGCUUUCACACACAGACCUUCACAUCCAUUUCCUCCAGAGUUUCCAGUCUCUCUCUGUCCCUCCUGGAUCUACAGACUCAUUCAACAUCACUUACAGUUCUCAUUGCACUUUUGAUGAUGUUGAAAAGUCUGUGUCUCAUCUAAGAGAAGAACUGGAUCAUUUCUGCAGAGAGAAAAUACAAAAGAUUCAUAAAAUAGCAAAAUAUAUUGAGAUUAUCCCCAUCCCUGAAUGCAAGACAAGGGACGAGUUUCUACAGUAUUUCUUCAAGUUCACAGUGGAUUCAAACACCGUUCAUAAAAACCUCCAUCUGUCUAAAGGGAACAGCGUAAUUAUUUACACUGACACAGACCAGCAGUAUCCCGAUCACCCUGACAGAUUUGAUACUCUGCAGCAAGUGUUGUGUGAAGAGAGUGUGUGUGGACGCUCUUACUGGGAGGUGGAGUGGAGUGGUGAGGUGGAAAUAUCAGUGUCGUACAAGAGCAUCAGCAGGAAAAUGCGGGGCGAUGAUGAUGAUUACAACCAUGAUGGUUAUGACAAGUCUGACUUUGGACUUAAUGAUCAGUCUUGGUGUUUGUUCUGCUCUGACUCCAGCUGCUCAUUCUGGCACAAUAACAAAGAGACUAAACUCCCUGAGGUCUCCAGAUCUUCUAGAAUAGGAGUGUAUGUGGAUCACGGUGCAGGAACUCUGUCCUUCUACAGCGUCUCUGACACAAUGACCCUCAUUCACAGAGUACAGGCCACAUUCACUCAACCUCUCUAUCCUGGGUUUGGGGUUUAUAGUGUAUCAGUUGUGCAACUGGUAUCAAAAUAGUCGAUACACACAGUAGAUUGUCAAAAUAAUAAUUCGGUCAACUGCUUUGAAGAAUUAGUUCACCCAAAAAUGAAUAUUAGCCCAUAAAUUACUUACCCUCAAGUCAUUCUAGGUGUAUAUGUAAAUAUGUAUACUUUCUUCUUUCAGACGAAUACAGUCGGAGUUAUAUAAUUUUUUUUAAUGCCACUCAACGUUUGUUGCAGUUCAUCAUACCAAAAGAAGUACAAAUAAAAAGCACCCAUCCUUAAUAAAAAGUGUCUCAGACAGCUCCAGGGGGUGAAUAAAGUUCUCCAGUAGCGAAGCAAUGUGUUUUUGUAAGAAAAAAAACCAUAUGUAAAAAAUAAUAAUCAAUUUAAUGUAGCUUGCACUCACUGUUGUACAUGGAAGCAGCUCCAGGUGGAUGACGUAUGGAGGUCGGGUUUGUGCAUGCACCGCUCAGAAGUGAUGAACAUGGAAGCGCAGGGGAGAGAUCAAAACAAAACAACGGUGACCAAUUAGAAGUACAAAAUGAAGAUUUGUAAAGAAUAAUGUUGGAGGAUUUCGAUAUAAGCCAAGAGAAGACUGGUUUUCCUUUGCUAAAGUAAGGAAACAUUGCUUCCUUUGCCCCUGUUAACAAACAGUUUUCAGGAGACUUACUGGCGCAUGUGCAAUGCCAACCUCAUACUUCAUCCUCCCAGAACUGUUGGUGCAAGCUAGAUUAAAGUGAUUAUUACAUUUUGAAAAUGGUUAUUUUUCUUACAAAAACACAUCAAUUCACUACAGAAGGUCUUUGUUCACUCCCUGGAGCCGUGUGAGACACUGUUUUUUAUGGAUGGGUGCUUUUUAUUUUACUUCUUUUGGACUGAUGCACUUUGACACCCGCUGAGUGGCAUUAAACAGCUUGAAAGAGCAAAGACAAUUUUUAAUAUAACUCCGACUAGAUUUGUUUGAAAGAAGAAAGUCAUAUACACCUAUGACUUGAAGGUAAGGAAUUUAUGAGCUAAUGUAAAUUUUUGAAAUUUUAAACUAGAGACCGACCGAUACAUCGAUUUGCCAAUAAUUUUCCCAAUAUUUCUGUAUUUUUACUAUAAUCGGAUAUCGGGUUUGUUAUAUUGGAUUCACCGAUAAAUGUCGCCAUCUUGUGAAUGUUUUGAGAAUUGCGCGCAGGAUCGCCAUUGCCAUUGAGGGCAGACGAGAAAAAAACAACGGCGUGCACUGGUAAAGCAUACUUUCCUUGCUGUAAUUAGUACACUUUUUUACUUUUUUAAUAUAACAGCCGUAAUGCAACAAAUUAGAUAUCUUACAUAAAUUUCUGAUAUGAAGGUUAGUUCAUGCAGCUUGACUCUCAGAAAUACGAACUCACGGAGUCACAUAGUAAUCCAUCAAGUCCUGUAAAUAAUAAGUCAUGUCACAAAAAUGUAACUUUGCAUGAAUUAAAUAAUACAGUUAUGAAUGAGUGCAUGUUGGAAAUAAAGCACUGGAUUUAAUUCUCUCUCAGUUAUCUGUAGAAGUCUUGUGAAGUGGCUUCCAAAUUGCUGUUCAUAUUGCUGUUUGGGUUGAUGCUCAGGAAAUGCUCCAGCAUGGCCACAGCAUGUAACAUUUAAUAUUUAACAGUAAAACAAAAUAUAAUUAAUCAAAUAUUUUAAUAAAAUAUCUCCUUUUGAAGUAAGCUUUGUUACUCUGCAGAUCUUUUUUAUACUCAAACAGCAACACUACAGACUAAAGUUGAAAAAGGGAAAAAGCAUAAUAAGACCCCUUUAAAACACCCUAAAUUAUAAUUUAUCAUAACCAUUAUUUUGCUAAUAAACAUCUUAAUACACUUUUAAUCAUUCGUAUAAAUACAGAAAUAAAUCAUUUAUUAUUUAUUAUCUCCGUGAUUGAACACAGUUUAGUUCAGUGUAAAUGCAGAUACAGGGCUUUGUCAGCAGGUAUUUCAGAACUAAUGACAAAAACAUUGUUAAUAAUUUUGAUAUAAUAUACCAGUUGAGAAAUAAAAUGUGAUGUUUUGUUUGAUAUAUUCCAAUAUCCACAGAAUAUUAAUUCGUUACUAAUUAACAUUAUCCAGCUAAUUAUUUUUCACUCUUUAGCUUAUUCAAUUGUUUAUAAACUGACUAAAACUGUACUUUAAAAUUAUUAAAUUCUGCCAAGUUGAUGUGACUCAUUAGACAUGCUACAUUUUUUUUUCUUUUUUAUUAACAAACAAGUCAAUUCAACAUCAUCAUUGUUAAUAUUAGUGUUGCUUCUGCUGCUUUUUAUAAAUAUGUUUUUAUUGUUUCUUUAUUUUGUAUUCAUGGAGGGUGUGAUUGUUAUAAAAAAAAUGGUUUGUUCAGUUCAGUGGUGUUUUAAUCAUUGUGUCAAAAACAGUAGCAGGAAAUAAAUAUCGGUUCUGCAUAUCGAUUAUCAGGCACAUAAACAUGCAAAUAACUGGUAUCAGUUAUAAAAAAGUCUGUAUCAGUUGAUAUUAUUGAUAGUAUUGAUAUAUGAAAUUAAUACUUCACUGAUGAAAAUGAUUUUGUGGCAAGUAAAUACUACAUGAAAACAAAUUUAAUUUCUAUGUACAUUAAAUAAUUUAGUUCAGAUAAGAAUAAAAAAAAGUAAAAACUAUAUUAGUACUUAAUUUAAGCUUGUAAAAAUUACAAUUUGAAUUUAUACUGUAAGUAUAUUUUACUUGGAAUUGUUUAUGUUUACGAGAAUUCUUCAAGAAAAAAAUCUAUGUUUUGAUCCUGUUAUUCCCAUCAUGCACUGGGUCAUGAAUUAAAAAUGCACUGUUUUCGGGUUGUAUUUACAAUGUUUUAUGGUUGUUUUUGAAGUUAGGUUCAGUAACUUACAAUUUUGUGACAUGUGGAGUUUAUUUUCUACUCAAACAAACAAUAUCCACUGAUUGUACCGUGAUUGCACUUGAAUAAAGUUAAAGGUGCAAUCUGCUGAUUGUCCUGCACGUGACCACAUAAAUCUGUCUCCUUACGAUGCACUUAGGGCUUUACGAUUACUCCAGAGCACUCGUAGAUCUACAAUGAUUUUCAAGAGCUUCUUAAGUUACGAAGCUUUUGGGAAAUGCAGCCCAGAGUGAUUAAAUACCCUCGUAAAGACCAGCCGUAUCCUGAUCAUCCAGACAUAUUUGAUCACUGGUCACAGGUGUUGUGUGUAGAGAGAGAGAGAGAGAGAGAGAGAGAGAGAGAGAGAGAGAGAGAGAGAGAGAGAGAGAGAGUGAGGACACUGUUACUUGGAAGAGGUUGAGUGGAGUUGUGAGAUGGGUAUAUCAGUGUCAUUUACAUUAAGAGCAUCAGCAGGAAGAGAAGGGGAAAGGAGUGUAGAUUUGGACGUAAUGAUCAGUGGUGUUUUUUUCUCCUCUGACUCCAGGUGCACAUUCUGGCACAAUAACGAAAGGACUACAUUCCUUGUAGUCUCCAGAUCUUCUAGAAUACGAGUAUAUGUGGAUCAUGGUUCAGGGACUUUAUCAUUCUAGUGUCCCUGACACAAUGACCCUCAUUCACAGAGUCCAGACCACAUUUUCUCAGCCUCUUUUGGGCUAGUUUAUAUUAUACAGAUGUUGUUGAUUUAUAUGUUUUUUUGUUCAACUGUG